AUGUUGCGUUACAGCUGGCUAUGGAGGAUUUUUAUUUUUGUUAUAUUAUUUGGUUCGGCCUUUAGUGAUGAACACACACAUGUGUACGAGGAGGGCGAACAGAUAGUGCUCUGGAUGAACACAGUGGGUCCUUAUCAUAAUCUUCAAGAAACCUACGCCUACUUCAAACUGCCUUUUUGCAAAGGUGAAGUUAAAAACGUGGAGCACUAUCAUGAAACGCUUGCUGAGGCUUUACAGGGAAUAGAACUCGACUUCAGUGGUCUGGACAUUCGAUUCAAACAGUCGGUGAAGAAGACGGAGUUUUGCCGCAGACUCCUGACAGAAGCCGAGGCCAGCCAAUUAAUCUCGGCCAUCGUCGAACGCUACUGGUACCAAAUGUAUCUAGAUGAGCUCUCCCUGGUCGGGGUGGUGGGCGAAAUGCGCGACGGUAAGGCGAUGCUGUGGACGCACAAGAAGUUUGAGAUUCUCUUCAACCACAACCAAAUCGUCGGUGUUUCUCUGGGCACCUCUGAUCCGAUUGAAGUUGCUGCUGGCGCUGAGGUUAUCUACACCUAUGAGGUCACUUGGAUUGAGUCGAAACUGCCCUUUGAAAAUCGCUACGACUACUACUUGGACGCAAGCUUCUAUCAACACAGAAUUCACUGGUUCUCCAUCUUCAAUUCCUUCAUGAUGGUAAUAUUCCUUGUCGUGUUAGUAUCCAUGAUCCUCCUGCGCACACUUCGUAAAGACUACGCUCGUUACAAUCGUGAAGACAGUCUCGAAGAUCUGGAGCGAGAGCUGGGAGACGAGUACGGAUGGAAGCAAGUACACGGAGACGUAUUUCGUUGUCCCGCAGGCAUCCUCUACUUCUCCAGUCUCAUUGGCAACGGAGUGCACAUCACAGUGGUCUCCCUCAUCGUCGCUCUGCUAGCCCUUAUCGGCAAAAUGUACACAGAGAGGGGCGGUGUCCUCUCUACCAUUAUCUUUGUCUAUGCGCUCUUCUCUCCCGUCAACGGGUUCAUUGGAGGACGCACCUACUUGCGGUUGGGCGGUAAGAACUGGAUCCUUCAGCUCUUCCUGGGCAGCUUGCUGAUGCCCACUUUGGUUGUCAUCAUCGCCUUGGGAAUAAACACUCUAGCCCUUUUCUAUCAAACCUCCCGUGUCCUUCCUUUCCUCACCAUGCUCGCCGUCUUUGCCAUCAUCGUCUUCGUCAUUCUGCCGCUGAACCUUGUGGGCACUGUGCUUGGGCGCAACGUCGGUAGGUCGAUAGGCACAAGCGCGAGCGGAAUGGCCAAUCCAUGUCGCGUCAAUUCCGUCCCCCGACCUAUCCCCGCCUCUAAGUGGUUCACCAAACCUCUGGCCAUCUCAUUCAUCGGCGGUGUACUACCUUUUGGUUCAAUCUUUAUUGAGAUGUAUGUUGUCCUCGAGGGAACUCUGACUCUCAAUGAUUUCACUAAACUAUCAUUCAAUCCGCAGGGGUGCAUGUUGAGCUUUGGUUCCUGUUUCUCGGUAUUUCAGAUCUGCUAUUUUUGUAUGCUUCUUGUUAUAAAGUAUUUGAGGAUGCCUGUCUUCAAAUCUAGCUCAUCAAAAUGUAUGAUCGUCGAGUUUCUCUUGAACUUGUACUUCAUUUUUACCUCGUUCUGGGCCUACAAGGUCUACUAUGUGUAUGGUUUUACCCUCCUCGUCAUAUUCAUUCUCAUUGUUGUGACGGGCUGUUCCACCGUCGUGUGCACCUACUUCCUUCUCAAUGCCGAGGACUACCGCUGGCAAUGGAUAAGUUUCUUCUCUGGCGCCUCCACGGCUGUCUACGUGUACAUCUAUUCCAUUUACUACUUCCUCUUUAAAACAAAAAUGUUUGGACUAUUUCAGACCGCCUUUUACUUCAGUUACAUGGCCUUCUUUUGCUUCGCCCUGGGAUGCAUGUGUGGCGCCAUUGGAUACCUCUCGGCGAAUCGGUUUGUACGAACCAUCUACUCAACCGUCAAAAUUGAGUAG